UCCAUCAAAUAUGGCUUCUUCGCCUACCUCAGUAAAGAAAAGCCAAGAGGGAGUAUCUAAUGCAAUUGAGGAGAAACACAGCAUUCCACUUCAUGAGAACGUUUUGCAGAAGCAUGCUGCAUUCUUUGACAAGAAUCAAGAUGGUAUUAUUUACCCAACGGAAACUUUUCAAGGAAUGCGUGAAAUUGGGAGUGGGAUAUUGUUAUCUCUUGGCGGUGCUGUUUUCAUCAAUUUGUUCCUCAGUCAGAGUACACGACCUGGAAAGUUUCCAUCUCUACUUUUUCCAAUUGAAAUUAAGAAUAUCCAAUUCGGCAAACAUGGCAGUGACACUGGAACCUAUGAUGCUGAGGGAAGGUUUGUUCCUUCAAAAUUUGAAGAAAUUUUUACCAAGCACGCGCAUACGCAUCAAAAUGCUUUGACAUAUGAUGAGUUGAAGGAGAUGAUAAAGGCGAAUAGAGAGCCUAAAGAUUUCAAAGGAAGGAUUGGUAGUUUUGUUGAAUGGAAUAUCCUUUACAAACUUGCCAAAGACAAGAAUGGCUUACUGCAGAAAGAAACAAUCCAAGGUGUUUACGAUGGAAGCUUGUUUGAAAUUCUGAAAAAGGAACACUCCGAAGAUAAAAAGAAAUGAUUUUUAUUUUAGACACAAUGUAGAACAAUAGAAGUUAUUUGACAUAGAAAAUUUGGUUAUUUAAGAAUAA